GGCGUACAACGGUUCACAUCGUUGUGCACACGGCACCCGCCUGGCAGAGAAAUCCGCUUUUUGAGCGAAAGGAGGGAGCGAGCAUCGGACGAGGACGAGACUGGCUGCUGAACCGGGAGGGAGGAGUAGUUUUUUUCGCGGGCCAAGCGAGGUUACAUUACGAUAAUGGCAGAAGGCACCAAGCCUGCUGAUGAUGCAGCUGCAGCACCUGCGGCAGCGUCACCACCGCCGCCGGCCAUGCGCCGAAACGACAUCUCCAUGACGGACAUGUCCGACUUCGAUACGGGGGACAACCUCUACCAUGUCCGCAAGUCGCGCCUGAUUCGCCUCAUCAACUGGUGGCAGGUGGCGUCCACGUACUUGCCCCACCUGCUCCUGCUCGCUCUGGGAGUUCUGGUGGCCCAGAUGUGCGGAGAGGCGUGGAACAACCAAGACGCGCUGAGGGAAGCGAUGCAGUCCACGCUGCAGACCACUUCGAGGGACCUGUUUUUCGACCUGGGCUGGAAGAGCACGGCGCUGUUCGUGGUGUUCGUGUGGUGGAUGUCUCGCGGGAGCGCGCCGCUGUACAUGGUGGACUUCUCAACCUUCGAGCCCCCUGAGGAAUGGAAGGUCACCCAUGACCAGCUCGCUGAGAUCAUGAGGCGGCAGGGAUGCUUCACCCCUGAGUCGGUGUCCUUCAUGGAAAAGAUCCUAUCCAAGUCUGGUACCGGGCAGGCGACGGCGUGGCCCCCUGGCAUCAUCAAGUGCCUCGAGAACCCGGACACUCCGGCUGACAGGUCGGUGGAGGCAGCGCGUACGGAAGCGGAGAUCGUCAUCUUCGACGUUGUCGGGAGCGUGCUGGAGAAGGUCGGACUGACGGGAAAGGACAUCGACUUCCUCAUCAUCAACUGCAGCCUCUUCUCCCCUACGCCUUCCCUCUGCUCCAUGGUGAGCCACAAGUUCGGCAUGCGCUCCGACGCGAGGACGUUCAACCUGAGCGGGAUGGGCUGCAGCGCCGGGGUGAUCUCACUCGACCUUGCCAAGAACACCCUGUUCCGCGUGGGCGGAGCCGCGAUCCUCCUGUCCAACAAGUGGCAAGACGCCAGCCGCUCCAAGUUCAAGCUGCUCUACACCGUGCGGACACAGGGAGCGGGCAAAGACGCGUUCGAGGCGGUGUACGAGUCUGAGGACAACCUGGGGAACCAUGGCGUCCGUCUUUCGAAGGAGAUCGUGAAGGUGGCCGGUCGUGCGAUGGAGAAGAACUUCACCUCCCUGGGGCCGUACGUGCUGCCCAUCUCGGAGCAGUACAAGGUGGUGAAGGCUCUCGCCCUCCGCAAGGUGACGAAGGCACUCAGAGAGAUGCUGGAGAAGCGCAAGAGCUCGUUGGCCAAGAAGGUGCCGAUCAUCGCCUAUUACCAGCCGGACUUCAAGCGCGGCAUCGAUCACUUCUGCAUCCACGCGGGGGGACGGGGUGUGAUUGACGGCAUCGAGAAGAACUUGGCGCUGCAGGAGCACCACACGGAGCCCUCGAGGGCCACACUCAGGGAUUACGGCAACACUUCGUCCUCUUCCAUCUGGUACGAGAUGAAGUACAUCGAGGAGCACUCCGACCUCAGGCGGGGCCAGCGCAUCCUGCAGGUGGCUUUCGGGAGUGGCUUCAAGUGCAAUUCCGCUGUGUGGAUCUGCCUCAAUCCUCCGGACCGCAAGCAGGGGGCAUAG